AUGAAAGCGCUCAAGAUACUGCAAUCGUCUCUCCCAGAUUCGACCUUCAGGAGCACUUUCUCCGUUGCCUCGGCCAAGGAUCUUUGGGACUUGCUCGAAAAAGGCAACGAAGAAGCGAAGCUUCGUAGGGUAGAGAACGAGUUCGAGGAGCUUAGCAUGUACGAAGGAGAACCGAUGGAUGUUUACUUGGAAAGAGUUCUUGAUAUCCUCGAACGGUCACGCCGUUUAGGUAUUGCGAAAUCAGAUGACGAGGUUAUCAAGAAGCUGUUAGGUUCGUUGUCAUGGUCGUAUGAUGGUGCCAUUCCUGUGUUGGAGGAGAUUAUGAAUCUAAAGGAUAUGACUCUUAAAGACCUUAUUGAUAUGCUUGAUUUGUUUGGAGAUCAUCCAGAAACUAUGCCUAACGUGUUGAAGGGUUUAUAUGAGAGACUUAAGAAAGAGCAGAUGUGGUGUGGUUUGUGCAAGAAGCACAAUCAUAAUCAAGAAGACUGUUACUACAACCCUAUGGCGAGGAACGUGAGCGGCGGCGGAGGAGGAGCAAGACAAUGCAGAGGAGGCCAGUGCCAUCAAUGUGGAGAAAGAGGGCACUAUGCAAGAGACUGCAGCACACAAGCUCAGAAGAAGAACGCUAAACCUGAGCAUUUUAUGUUAGGGGUAACUGCGGGUGGUGGUUUCACAUUUGAUGAGGACAGAACGUACAGGGGUCGGGUUGGAUUAGGGGACGGGAAGGUUAUCAUGGCAGAAGGGAAAGGAGAUGUGAGAAUUGUGACGAAGGGAGUGAGGAAGAUUGUCAAGAAUGUGCUUUUCGUUCCUCGGUUAAACAGAAAUGUGUUGAGCGUUGGUCAGAUGACAUCAAGAGGGUAUACGGUGAUAAUGGGAGCUGGUGAAUGCACUAUUAAGGACGAGACUGGGAAGGUUUUCGAUAGAGCCACUUGGGAAGAGAGAGGUAUUGGUCUGCGUUUGCAGGUGAUUGAAGGUAAUCUCACCUCUUAG